AUGGGUACCAAGCGUCGCUUAAAGCACCAGGGCCCUCCCGAGCCCUUACCCGAGGAGCACUUCUUGAAAUUGAAGAGGAAAAAGGGCCUUCCUGUCGAGGACACUACGCCGGCUGAGGCCCCUUCAGCGAAAAAGCGUCGUACAUCGACGAAGGAGAAGGAAACGAAACCACAUAAGGCGACGACAAAGCAAACAAAUGGUACCAAGAAGGCACCCGGCGCACCAAGCAAUGGCGAGAAGGCUUCUAAGCCGAAGCCCAAGAAGCUUCCUGAGUCUGAGCCUGAAUCUGACGUGGAAAUGGAUGACGAGUUUGGCGGCUCCGACCUCGACGAUGUUAGCAUCAGCGGAUCCGAUACGAGCGAACCGAAGCUCGGUUCUGAUUUUAUGGCCUCCGACGACGAUUCUGUCUACGACUCGGAGCAGGACGAAGGGCCCGGCAAGAAGACUAAGUUCGUCUUCUCUGACGAUGAAGAUGAGGACGAGGACGAAAUUGAGCAGAAGUUGACAGCUGCCAACAUCGAGGGUCUCUCGAGGAAGCUGGACGAGCAGCUGGCCAGGGAAGCGGAGGAGAAUGAAGAGGAAAUCCGGAAUCAGGCCCUUCAAACCAACAUUGAUGGAGACAAACCUAAGAUUUUGGAAGGGAAUGAGGAGGACGAGCUCGCUGCUAAGACGAAUGGCCUGCUUGCCCCCGAUCUUCAGAUGCUUCGGACCAGAAUCACGGAUACAAUUCGUGUUCUUGAGGACUUCCAGAAUCUGGCUGAGGAGGGCCGGAGUAGGGCGGAGUAUACCAACCAGCUAUUGAAGGAUAUCUGUGCUUACUACGGCUACAACGAAUAUCUGGCCGAGAAGCUCCUGAACCUCUUCCCUCCUAGGGAGGCGUUCGCUUUCUUCGAGGCCAACGAGACGCCCCGUCCUGUCGUUAUCCGUACCAACACCCUUCGCACACAUCGCCGCGAUCUCGCCCAGGCGUUGAUUAACCGCGGUGUUACUCUGGAGCCUGUUGGGAAGUGGUCCAAGGUUGGACUGCAGGUAUUUGACUCGAAGGUCCCAUUGGGUGCAACUCCCGAGUACCUGGCUGGCCAUUACAUCCUCCAGGCUGCCUCCUCUUUCCUUCCCGUCAUGGCCCUGUGCCCCCAGGAAAACGAGCGCUGUCUUGAUAUGGCUGCCGCUCCCGGUGGUAAAACGACUCACAUGGCAGCGCUGAUGAAGAACACUGGUGUGAUCUUCGCCAACGAUCCUAGCAAGUCUCGUGCUAAGGGUUUGAUUGGUAACAUCCACCGUCUCGGUGUUCGGAAUACGAUUGUUUGCAACUAUGACGCCCGCGAGUUUCCUCGAGUCAUCGGUGGUUUCGACCGAGUCCUGUUGGACGCUCCGUGCUCUGGUACUGGCGUUAUCUGCAAGGAUCCUUCGGUCAAGACGAACAGGGAUGCGAAGGAUUUCAUGCAACUGCCUCAUACUCAGAAGCAGCUUCUGCUUGCUGCGAUUGACUCGUGCAACCAUGCCAGCAAGACUGGUGGCUACAUUGUCUACUCGACAUGUAGCGUUUGCGUGGAGGAGAACGAAGAGGUAGUCAACUAUGCCCUGAGCCGGCGCCCCAACGUCAAGUUGGUUGAGACCGGUCUUCCCUUCGGUAAGGAAGGCUUCACCAGUUACAUGGGCAAGACCUUCCACCCCAGUCUUAAGUUGACGCGCAGGUUUUACCCGCACCUGUACAACGUCGACGGGUUCUUCGUGGCCAAGUUCAAGAAAAUUGGCCCGACUCCUCCUAACGCUGUCCUCGCCAACGGCAAGAAGGAUCAGCCCAAGCCUGCGAAUGCCACGGGUGAGGAGGAGAUUAUCGACAAGACACCGAUUGGCGCCGAGGAGCAGAAGAAGGAGGAUGACUUUGGCGGCUGGGACGAUGAGGAGGAUAAGGUGUACAUGGAGCGUGCUAAGCGUAAUGCCAUGAGGAGACGUGGUUUGGAUCCUCGCGCACUGAAGAAGCCUCAGGGCAAGAAGGACGAUAAGGAUGGUGAGGCCUCGAAGGAAGGUGCCAACGGUGAGACGAAGAAGGCCGCGACUGAGCAGAAGAAGACCGAAGAAAAGAAGACAGAGGAAAAGAAGGCCGAAGAAAAGAAGGCCGAGAAGGCCAAGGAGGAGAAGCCUAAGGCUAAGGCGGAGAAGACUACGGAGAAGGCAAAGGAGGGUGCGAAAGAAAAGGUGAAGGAGCAGAACAAGGCGAAUGACAAGAAGGAAAAGGCCAAAGGGAAGAAAUAG